AUGGCAGCUCCCGGUUCCCCCGCCGAAUGCGGCUACAUCCGGACGGUCCUGGGCCAGCAGAUCCUGGGGCAGCUGGACAGCUCCAGCCUGGCUCUGCCGUCCGAGGCCAAGCUGAAGCUGGCGGGAAGCAGCGGCCGCAGCGGCCAGGCGGCCAAGAGCCUGCGGAUCCAGGAACAGGUGCAGCAGACCCUGGCCCGGAAGGGCCGCAGCUUCGUGGGCAACGGAAAUCUUCACCGAACUAGCAGCGUUCCUGAGUAUGUCUACAACCUGCACUUGGUUGAAAAUGACUUUGCUGGCGGCUAUUUCCCUGUUCCUAAAACCUAUGACUUGCUAAAGUCCGGCGUGACCAGCACGUACGAAGGUCGCUGGGGGAGAAGAGCUGCGCAGUACAGUUCACAGAAGUCCGUGGACGAAAGAUCCUUGAGGCAGCCUCUGCGGAGACUGGAGAUCUCUCCAGACAGCAGCCCCGAGAGGCUCCAUUACUCGCACAGCGAUCACCAGUACAGCCAGAGGAGCCAGGCCCGGCACACGCUGCGGCACCAGGACAGCCGCAGGUCCACGCUCCUUCUGCCCCCGAGAUACGCGCGGUCGGAAAUUGUUGGCUUCACCUCGGGGGGCGCGAGCAGGCAGCGCUACCACGACACUUACCGCAGACACUUCCAGUACGGGUCUGUUAACGACUCUGUUUUUGAUGGCGCCCCUCCCAACCCAGUGGUGCUCACGUACCCCAGGCCCGGGACCAGUCACAGCAUGAGCAAUCUCCUGGAGAAGGAGAACUACCUGACUUCGGGGGCUGCGCAGGGGCCGGGCAGGCUGCUGGUGCCCCUGCAGCCCGUCCCGCAGAACAGGGCCGCCCGGUCCUCCUGGCAUCAGGGCUCCUUCCACAGCACCCGCACAGUGAGGGAAGCCGGGCCCAGCGUCGCUGUGGAUGCGGGCGGGAGGAGGACGCACCUGACCGCCGGCCAGGUGGCCGCAGGAGGAAGUGCGAGCAUGUUCGCAGAGAGAACCACGUUCUCCGACUCCCAGCUCAGGAACGCAGACAUGGAGAUGACUCUGGAGCGAGCAGUGAGCAUGCUUGAUGCAGACCACACGCCACCUGCGAGGAUUUGCGUGGCAGCCACCUUCAUACAGCAUGAGUGCUUCCAGAAAUCUGAAGCACGGAAAAGGGUCUAUCAGCUUCAAGGCAUCCCCAAGCUUAUGAACCUCCUAAAAGUUCAGAAUGAAGAUGUUCAGAGAGCUGUGUGUGGGGCCUUGAGAAACUUGGUAUUUGAAGAUAACGACAACAAGUUAGAGGUAGUUGAACUCAACGGGGUACCUCGGCUGCUGCAGGUGCUGAAGCAAACCAGAGACUUGGAGACUAAAAAACAAAUAACAGGUUUGCUGUGGAACUUGUCCUCUAAUGACAAACUCAAGAAUCUCAUGAUAACAGAAGCCUUGCUUAUCCUGACUGAGAAUAUCAUCAUCCCCUUUUCGGGAUGGCCAGAAGGAGACUACCCCAAAGCGAACGGUUUGCUCGAUUUUGAUAUAUUCUACAAUGUCACAGGAUGCCUAAGAAACAUGAGUUCAGCUGGCCCUGAUGGGAGGAAAGGGAUGAGAAGGUGUGACGGCCUGAUCGACUCACUGGUCCAUUACGUCAGAGGAACCAUCGCAGAUUACCAGCCAGAUGACAAGGCCACAGAGAACUGUGUGUGCAUUCUUCACAACCUCUCCUAUCAGCUGGAAGCAGAGCUCCCAGAGAAAUAUUCCCAGAGUAUCUAUCGUCAAAACCAGAAUGUCCAGCCUGACAACAACAAAAGCAUUGGGUGUUUUGGCAACCGAAGCAGGAAAGUAAAAGAGCAAUACCAGGACAUGCCAAUGCCCGAGGAAAAGAGCAACCCCAAGGGUGUGGAGUGGCUGUGGCACUCCAUCGUGAUACGGAUGUAUUUGUCCUUGAUCGCCAAAAGCGUCCGAAGCUACACCCAGGAAGCAUCUCUGGGAGCUCUCCAGAAUCUCACUGCAGGAAGUGGACCGAUGCCGAUGUCAGUAGCGCAGACAGUGGUCCAGAAGGAAAACGGCCUUCAGCACACCCGGAAGAUGCUGCAUGUUGGUGACCCAAGUGUAAAAAAGACUGCAGUCUCCCUGCUGAGGAAUUUGUCUCGGAAUCUUUCCCUGUGUAAUGAAAUUGCCAAAGAAACUCUACCUGAUUUGGUUUCCAUAAUUCCUGAAACAGUUCCAAAUACUGAUCUUCUCAUUGAAACCACAGCCUCUGCCUGUUACACGUUGAACAACAUAACCCAGAAUAGUUCCCAGAAUGCCCGGGAUCUUCUAAACACUGGGGGCCUGCAGAAAAUUAUGACUAUCAGCGCAGGCGAUACCUAUGCCUCCAACAAAGCAAGCAAAGCUGCUUCUGUCCUCUUAUAUUCUCUGUGGGCGCACACGGAGCUCCACAAUGCCUACAAGAAGGCUCAGUUAAAGAAGACAGAUUUUGUCAACAGCCGGACUGCCAAAGCCUACCACUCUCUUAAAGACUGAGGAAAGUGGAAAAGUGAUCUCAGAAAUACCAGCCUCACCAUUCUCAGCCCCAAAAAUCCCCAAAGGAAAAUACCUAUUUUUCUACUUCUCAGUCCAA